AUGGGUGCUGCUUAUACUAUUCUCGGUAGAACUGUCCAACCACAUCAAUUAGCCAUUGCUACUUUAUUAGGUGUUGUUUUCAUUGCUGUUCCAAAACCAUGGGCUCCAGCUGCUCCAGCUCCAACUCCAUCCAUUAAUGCCUCUUCUCCAGAAGAAGAAAAGUUCAUUAAGGAAUACUUGGCUAAACACUUGGCUGAAGAAAAGCACUAA